GCGGGGGUGGGGGUCCGGGCGCUGUUCCUCAGCGACACUGCCCGGCGGAAGGGACCCUAUAGGGGAGCCGGAGCGGGGACCGCACCCUGCCCGGGUUGGCGAGGCCCUUCCGCGGGACCCCACGCUCGUUUCCCAUAGAAAAUGUAUGGAGUUUAAAUAGGAAUAAAUGCAACAAUCCAUUUGUAUUUGGAAAAAAGAUAUGGAGACCCAGGUUGGAAAUUGGACAUGAAGUACUUACACAAUUUCAUGUACUUGAUUAAUGUUAAAAUUGAAAGUUUUUAUCUUUUGCUGGAUAUUGGAAAUUAAAUGUAAUGGCAACAGAAUAUAUAAAGAGUUGCUGUAGAGGAUGUUUCUAUGGUGAAACAGAAAAGCACAACUUUUCUGUGGAAAAAGACUUUAAAGCAGCAGUCUCAAAUAGUCGAAAUGCUGCUAUCUGUAUACCUCCAUUGACUUCUGUUUCUGUAAAGCCUCAGGUUGGCUGUACUGAGGAUUAUUUGCUUUCCAAAUUACCUUCUGAUGGUAAAGAAGUACCAUUUGUGGUGCCCAAGUUUAAGUUAUCUUAUAUUCAGCCCAGGACACAAGGAACUCCUUCACAUCUGGGAGAACUUGAAGGAUCUGCCAGAGCAUCCUUUGGAGAUCGAAAGGUAGAACUUUCCAGUUUAUCUCAGCAUGGACCGAGCUAUGAUAUAUAUAACCCAUUCUACAUGUAUCAGCACAUUUCACCUGAUUUGAGCCGACGCUUUCCUCUGCGUUCUGAAGCAACUAGACUGUCUGGAUCAGUUUGUGAUUUAAGGACCAACAAACUUCCUGGUUCUCCUGGGCUAAGCAAAUCUAUGUUUGAUCUUACAAGUUCAUCUCAGCGAUUCAUCCAGAGACAUGAUUCAUUGUCCAGUGUACCCAGUAGUUCUUCUUCAAGGAAGAAUUCUCAGGGAAGUAACAGAAGCCUAGAUACAAUUACUUUGUCAGGAGAUGAAAGAGAUUUUGGGAGAUUGAAUGUGAAAUUGUUUUAUAAUUCUUCAGUAGAGCAGAUCUGGAUCACGGUUUUACAGUGCAGAGAUUUAAGUUGGCCCUCUAGUUAUGGAGACACUCCAACUAUUUCUAUAAAAGGAAUAUUAACAUUGCCCAAACCAGUCCAUUUCAAGUCUUCUGCCAAGGAAGUUUCCCAUGUUAUUGAAUUUAUGGAAACUUUUGUAUUUGCUAUUAAACUCCAAAACCUACAAACAGUCAGGCUUGUAUUUAAGAUUCAGACCCAGACUCCCAGAAAGAAAACCAUUGGAGAAUGUUCACUAUCGCUCAGAACUCUAAGCACACAGGAAAUGGAUUACUCGUUGGAUAUAACACCACCUUCAAAAAUUUCUGUUUGCCAUGCAGAACUUGAACUGGGGACUUGUUUUCAAGCGGUAAAUAGCAGGAUUCAGUUACAAAUCCUCGCAGCACAAUACCUUCCAAGCUCAUCAACACCUCUGACUUUGAGUUUUUUUGUGAAGGUGGCAAUGUUUAGCUCAGGAGAGUUGAUUUAUAAGAAGAAGACACGCCUACUGAAGGCCUCCAAUGGAAGAGUAAAAUGGGGAGAGACUAUGAUUUUUCCACUUAUACAGAAUGAAAAAGAAAUUGUUUUUCUCAUUAAGCUUUAUAGUCGAAGCUCUGUAAGAAGAAAACACUUUGUGGGCCAGAUUUGGAUAACUGAAGACAGUAACAACACUGAAGCAGCAAACCAGUGGAAAGAGACAGUUACAAAUCCAGAAAAGGUUGUUAUCAAGUGGCACAAAUUAAAUCCAUCCUGAAAACAUCACAUGUUAACUUGGUGAAGAAUUUGCUAUUUUUUUAGAAGACUUAUGAUUUCAAUUUGCUACCAAUGGGAAGAGACAAACCAAUGUAUUUCUUAGUGUAUUUAUGGAAGUCAUAAUUAUAGUAUAUAAUGGAUCUGAUAGGAAACUAAACUUGAUAAAAAAAAAUGUAAUGAAUUUUAUCAGAUAUCCAAAGAGUAGGAAAUGUUUUAAAACUGUGCCAAAAGACAAUAAAAUAAAAAAGUAGUAUUGUUAGAGCAACUAAAAAAAUUAUAAAGUCUUUGAGAAUAUCAACCAUAGAUAGUUAUUUCUAUAUUAUGUUAUUGCUUUUGUUUCUUAAGCUUUACUUAGAUGCUCAAAACCAAGUGUAUCAAGUCUCUGUCAGUACCAUUAUACACUUAGCAGACUUUAACUAUUUCAGUGCGAUUGUAUGAUUGAUUGGAUCUUGGCUCCACUGUUUACCUCUUUUUAUAUAUUUUCUCACAGCAGAAAUGAACUGAACCAUUUUAACUAUUUUCUGUAUUGGGGGACCUUUUGUGACCUGUGCUUAUACCUUCUUACUCAAAGGACAUCACAUUGCCAUUUUGUAAGCUUUUUAUUUGCAAGAAACUAGAAAUAGAAAUGACACUUUGACAAGGACAAAUGAAAAUAACAGAAGGUUGAAGUUUAAUUGAAGACCCAGAAUAUUGGGCGUGGUGGCGCCCGCCCUAUGGAAAACCAAGAAUAUAAAUAUUUUGCUGUUUUUCUCCCUCAAAUAUUGUACUUGUUAUUUGGAGUUGAAAUACGUAUCAUCUAUAUGUUCUACUUUAAGUAGCAGAAUUCAAUGAGUUUAAAAAGCAAAGUCAGUAUUUUAUGAUGGUCACUUCCUUGUUUUUAGUUUUUUAAAUAUAAAUUAUUCUGUAAUCCAAAAUGUUGUAUUUCCCCAUGUUUUUUCAUAGCCAUGCCUGGCAACACUUUGUAGCAAAUAAAUAUUUUUUAUUUA